GCUUAUCUUCUUCUAUUCAGAGGGCCAUUCCUUCUGCCAUCAGAUGAGCUUUUGCAGCCUUCACCACUCCAUCUGGAACAGUCUGGCAUUUCUUAGCUCACCAUGAAUGCAGCAAUGGCAGCUGGGAGCUGUGGCAGUGAGGGGUUCUUCUAAAGUCAGCUCCCCACCACAUGUCUUUUGGUGCCAUUGCCUCCUACAUAGCAGUUGGAGCAACAAAAUCUGGACCUUUGUUCUUGGUUUUCAGUGUUCAGCAUUGCCUCCUGUGUAUGGCUGUGGUCUCCUUAGUGUUUAUCUGAGCACUGGUGAAUCUUCUGCCCUAUGCUUUUACAAGAUGGAGCUGAGUCACCAUGACAACAUGGAUCAGGGAUCAUCCUCGUCCAUUGGGCCCCAGUCCAUAUCACCAAGGGGCUCCAUUACAGCAACCUCCCCUGGACUACUUGGUCCCAUUGUAGCCCAGCUCAGCACAGAGGGGUCUGUUAGAUUCCAACCUGAGGGGUCCAGUGGGGCCCUCUCAGCAGCUUUCCCUGGGGGGAGCAUACCUCCAAUGCAGAGGGGUUCCUGGCCAGAUGUGCUCUUUGACCCUUUUCACUCUGGACCCUCUCGCUCACAGCCUGAUGGAUCACAGUACAGUGGGCCAGAGGACAGGUCCCUAAGCAGGCCUAGUCAGCCAUUGUCUUUGGAGGUCAACAGAGCCCAACCUGAUGGGGCAGGCGGGGUCCAAAUGUUCACACUGCCUAACUUACUGUCCCCAGGAGAGUGCAGGCCUCUGUCUCCUGGCUCUGGCAGCUCUGCAUCCCAUGCUGGUAUUUCACCCUCCGUCAAGCUCAGCCAGUCACCCAGCCGGUCCCCACUACCAGAACUCUGCACCUUUGAUCCAGCCACCUCAGGAAAACUGCUCCUCAUGGAGCGGAAGGAAGCGCUUCCCAAAGCUGAGUCCAGCGACUAUCUCUCAGCAGGCAGAACUGGCUCAUCCCACAGACCUGUGAGCCUCCCCAAAGCCAUUUCCAGUGAGCUCAUCUCAGGAGGAAGGAUAGGCCCCUCCAAGCCUGGGAUGCUGUUGAAAGCUGAGUCAGAGGAGUUCACCUCUUACGGGAGGGCUGGCUCAUCCCCUGGCCUGCCCAGCUGCGUGGACACCUCUGAGGCUCUGCAGGGCCGGGCCGCUGAAGACGCAACAUUCCGAGACCUAAGAAAGAAGUUGAGCUCUGCCUCGAGGACAACCAAGUUGAACAAGGAUUGGGGAAACAAGUUUUGGGGAAUCAAUUCCCCUGAAGAUGCCCUAACCCAAGGAGGCUGUCUUGACUUGAGAAGCCUUGACUUGCCUCUGGAAGUACUAUAUACAGAGAUUGUACCUAAAGUCCAACCAGCUUCCACAUCAUGUGCUUCCCUUAUCACUGUGGUCACCUGGAACGUUGGCACAGCCAUGCCCCCGAGUGAUGUGACAUCCCUGCUGCACCUCAACAUGGGUGACACGACUGACACUGAUAUGAUCGCCAUUGGGCUGCAGGAGGUGAACUCCAUGAUAAAUAAGCGCCUGAAGGAUGCUCUCUUUAUGGACCAAUGGAGUGAGCUCUUCAUGGAUGUGCUGAGUCCCUUUAACUUUGUAUUGGUGAGCACAGUCCGGAUGCAGGGAGUGAUCUUGCUGGUGUUUUCCAAGUACUAUCACCUUCCCUUCUUGCAGGACAUUCAGACAGACUGCACCAGGACAGGCCUAGGUGGCUAUUGGGGCAAUAAGGGUGGGGUCAGCGUGCGACUCUCCAUCUUUGGCCACAUGGUCUGCUUUCUGAACUGCCACCUGCCAGCUCACCUGGAGAAAGCUGAGCAGCGCAAGGAGGACUUCACCACUAUCCUCAACAUGCAGCAGUUUGAAGGGCGUGUGGCUAGUGGCAUCUUGGACCAUGACAUUGUGUUCUGGUUUGGGGACCUCAACUUCCGCAUUGAGAGCCUAGACAUCCGCUUUGUGAAAUAUGCUAUCGACAACAACAUCCUAAGCCAGCUGUGGGAGAAGGACCAGCUGAACAUUGCCAAGAAUACGUGGCCUAUCCUCAGUGGUUUCCAGGAGGGUCCCCUGAACUUCCCACCCACCUUUAAAUUCGAUGUGGGGACCAACAAGUAUGACACAAGUGCAAAGAAGCGAAAGCCAGCCUGGACUGAUCGGAUUCUCUGGAAGAUCAAGUCCUCAGGUGCCUCGCACAAUCCCAGUGGCAGACGACCCAGCAGGAGCAUCCUGUCUGUGACCCAGCUCUGUUAUUGCAGCCACAUGGAGUACAUGGUGAGCGACCACAAGCCAGUGGCUGCCAUCUUUGCAGUGCAGUUUCCCUCCAAGACUGACAAGCCCCUGGUUGAGAUUCAAGUUGCUGAUGAGUGGUCUAGGCCAGAUCAAGCUGUUGUCAGAUACAAGGUGGCCAGCAUCUUCCAUAGGAGCUCCUGGGACUGGAUAGGUCUCUACAGGGUAGGCUUCAGGCACCCUAAAGACUACGUGUCCUAUGUAUGGGCCAAGCAUGAGGAUACAGACGGAAGCAUACACCAGGUGAUGUUUUCUGAGGAGGCACUACCCAAAGGGAAAGGCGAAUACAUUCUUGGUUACUACAGCAACAACUGCAGCAGCCUUGCUGGGGUGACAGAGCCCUUCCAGAUCUCGCUGCCCACAUCUGAGGCAGGCAGCAGCCCAAUGGACAGCUCAAGCACCAGCUCUGAUGAAGAGGAUGACAGCACCCUGGUUCUGCUGGCACCCAAAUCCCGUAGCCCCAGCCCUGGUAAAAUGAAAAGGCACCGGAGCCGGAGUCCUGGCCUGUCCAAGUUCCAGGGGCUCAUCCUGCGGCCAUCAAGCCGGGAAAGAGCAGCCAGCCGCAGCCCAUCACCACAAAGUCACUGUGGCCUCAAAGGAGACAUCCCCAGCAUCCACCUGCCCCAGGACCAGCUACCUCGGUUCAAUUCCAAGGGCAAGGAGCCAGCAAGGACCCUGGAGAGUAGGGAGAGCUGUAUUGCACCCUCCUACCGGACUGUGGGGGAGCAUGGGGGAAUCCGUGACAGUCCCCUGGCCAAGACUGACCCCAGGAACCUCAGUCUGUUACCCACUCUCCGCUUGGAGACCUUCGACCAGGCCAUGGACCAGAGGAGAGGGAGUGCUGACCAGGGUUACCCUGCCAGGCGGAUGAGCCCCACUAGCCCCACAGCCAUGCUGGCAGGCCUGUUCAGCACCUCCCCCAAAGAAGGGUCCAGUCCCAAGGAAGCCAAGGACCUGGAGAGCUAUGUCCGCAACAUGAGCCACUGAGGACAGGUGGGCUGGCACUGCGCAGCAACUUCUGGGUACCAACCGUUGUGAAACCACUAGUAACCAUCCCCAUAUAGAGAGCUGCUGUCUGCCUCCCUAUGUGUUGCCUUUCUUGCCCACAAUUUGGCCACUCCAGAUGCUCCAGUCUUUCCUCCCAUCUGGUGUUCCAUAAGAAGCAUCAUCAGCAAGUGUCCAUGCAACAUGGUCACAUCCCUGGGAAGCUGCAGCCAUGCGGCACCCGUUUUGACAAUCACCCCCUCCUGGUGUGGUGCUAAGUGUUGUGAGUGAAACGCAACGUCCCAAUGGAGCUGCCCUGAAUUUUCCUCCUUGUUAAGUUAUUCUAGUAAUUAAAUCUUCCCCAAAUUUCUGUGCACCUGGA